CAUAGCUUUGGUGCAAUUAAUAGCUCGGGGGGGGGGGUAUUUUGCCUUAGGAGACUUUGGCUCCAGGGAUCUGAAUCCCGAGCACUGGAAACAGCAGCGAGAGUCCAGGAGCUUCAGUGAGAAUAAAAAUGGAUGUGCAUGAACCACCAGGACCUCGACCAGGCGAGCGAUUGGAUGCAGGAGGAGGCAAAGCCCACAUCCCCCAAAUGGGAGCCACCAGGGAGUUUCUGACGGGGGCUGCUCCACAGCCUGUUAAGCAAGAACCGAAUGAGCAGGGCUGGGAAGGCCAGUGGCCGGGAUUCAUGGAGACCGUGCCAGUCCCUCAGUCCCAGAGGAAAACUCUACAGCUGCUUGAGCCCACCUCAGGAGAGGGCGCUGAGGGAUUCCAGGUCUCCUUUGAAGGAGCUGGCGGCAGCCUGGAGCACAGAGGAGGGGACGUGUCUAGCACCCUGCUAGGCCUCAGCAGAGAGAACCUGGAUUCUUCAGUGAAAGUGAAGGAAGAGAUUCUGGAGGAGGACACUGUCAGCAGCUACUUCAAGGAAUUCACUGGCCAAAGAGCCAAGGAGGCCCCAGAGAUGCCACCAGGAUCUGUUGAAGAUGUGGCAGCUGAUUACCCCAAGUUAAUCUCAAAUGCUGUGAAGGGCCAAAUUCCUCUGGAAGUCAAGGAGGAGGAAGAGGCCAGCUUGCUGGUAGGCCAAGAGUGGGGGAGCAUAAAGGAGGCUUUUCCACUUAAGCAAAUUGACACCAGUGGAAUAUCGUUGGAAAGAGCUAAAGGGGUGUUUUUCCUGGGUGGUGAGCUGGACGAGAUGCCUGCAGUUCAAGAAUCCAAGCAGGAAUACCGUCAGUGGACAAUGUCAGAAUACAGGUUACUUUGUGAGGAAGGUAACAGUGAAUCAUGCAAAGGAAGUUUCCAAGAUAAAUUCUUAAGCCAUGAGGCAAUACAGAUGGACUCAGAGUGUGGAAAGAACUUCUGUCAGGACGCUGAUCUAACUAAGAAUCAGAAAAUGCUGUACACGUGCACAUUCUGCGGGAAAAUUGCUAACAGGAGAGCAGACCUCCUUGUUCACGAGAGAACCCACACUGGAGAAAAACCAUACGAGUGCUCCGAGUGCGGGAAAAGCUUCAAUACCACGUCUUACCUCACAAAACACAAAAGAAUACACACAGGAGAGAAACCAUAUAAAUGUUCAGAGUGCGGGCAAAGCUUCUGUCAGAAAGGGAAUCUGUUUUCACAUGUCAGAAUCCACACGGGGGAGAAACCAUAUAAGUGUGGGGAAUGCGGACAAAGCUUCAGUCAAAGGAAAAUCCUUGGUAAACACCAGAGGAUCCACACAGGCGAGAAACCGUAUAAGUGUUUAGAAUGUGGGCAAAGCUUCAGUCAGGCAUCACAUCUCCUUACACACAGAAGGACCCACACAGGAGAAAAACCUCAUAAAUGCUCAGACUGUGGGAAAAGCUUUAAUCAGAAAGGAGACCUUGUUAUCCACAAGAGAAAGCACACUGGGCAAAAGCCGUAUGAAUGCUCUGAGUGUGGGAAAAGCUUUAGCACAGGCUAUCAAUUCAUAAACCAUAAACGGUUACAUACAGGGGAGAAACCCUAUACUUGCUCAGAAUGUGGACAGAGCUUUAAUUGGAAGUCAAACCUUAUUACACACAGGAGAAUCCAUACUGGUGAGAAGCCAUAUGUAUGCUCCAUCUGUAGGAAAGGUUUCAGCGAUAAAUCCUCCCUCACUAAACACCUGAGAACCCAUACAGGGGAGAAACCCUACAAAUGCUCUGAUUGUGGGCAAAGUUUCAAUUUGAAAUCAAACCUUAUCACGCACCAGAGAACCCAUACUGGAGAGAAACCGUAUUCGUGCCCCGAGUGUGGGAGAAGCUUAAGUCACAGAUCCUCCCUUACAAAGCACAUGAGGACCCACACAGGAGAAAAGCCUUAUGAGUGUUAUGAAUGCGGGAAAAGCUUUAUUUCUAGCUCUGACUGUAAGAAACACGAAAGGGUACACACACGAGAGAAACCAUACAAACGCGGGAGGAAAUGUCCACUAUUCCCUCUGUUUCCGUAACAGAAAAUCUACAUGUGAACCUUUAGGAUGUCUGUGAAGAAGAGUUUGGAGUGAAAGCUUCAUAAAUUUAGACUGUGUGAAUAGUUUAUGCUGGAGAUCAAUGGCUACUAGGUAAAAAAAAAAAGUGAAACUAUACAGGUUUUUUUUACCCUAGGCAACAUUCCAUUCAUUGCAAAUGGAAAGCAGACCUCAUAGAUAUAUUCUUGAAAUACCUUGAUAGAAAUUAAGUCACUGCUAGAUUCCGCCAUGGUUUAGUUGCUGAAAUUCAUUGGAGGCAGAUGGAGCACCAACCUCACUCUCCAACAGCCAGAAGAUUAUCCCAAACUCAGUAGGGAGGAUAGGGACAAAACCAGAAUUAGGUGUCUCCACCUAUCAUGGGCUCUGCCUCCACCUACUGUUGGCCUCCUUGCCUUCCAGCUACCAGUCACAGUGAGCAGCAGUCUCCACAUAUGGGUGCUGAACUAAUGUUCCAACGUUUUAUCUUGCGCUAGAGAAAUCUGAUGGACUCUGGGCCCGAGCAUCCAAAAGGUUGGUGUUGGCCCCUUAGAAGUUCCAAAUAUUUAUUCAACUAUUUUGGAGGACUGGUGCCUACAAACGAGAGAAGCAAAAUAGCUGCUGCUAAAAAAAACAACACCUGGAAAUAUUGUGUGCAGCUAGUAAAAUUUGUAUCGUAUUGGGUUGGUUUUGAUAUUUGGUUUUUUUGUUGGUUUCUCUGUCUCUUUAAAGGUUUUCAAUAUACCUGUUCUAUGUGGUUUUCUUUUCAGUCAUUGUUAGCCUCUGUCUGGAGUUGGAUGACUAGAAGUUUUGAGUGUGUCAAUUCAUACACACUUCAGACUCCCAUGAUGCUAAAUGUAGUUGAUGCACAUGCAACAGCUGAAAGAGUUGUGUGCAAAGCGUUUUCUCAUUAAAUUCUAGUCUAGAUCUUCCCCCCAAUCCUGUUCAAUAUAUACAAAUCUCAGGGGAAUUCAGCACCAAAUUCUUGCGCCAAAAAACCACAAGUCCUGACACCUUAAAACACGGACAGGGAACCUCAGGGGCUGAAUGUGGCCCUGCAUACCUCUCUCUAGCCCUGGGAGCUCUCUCCAGGCCUCCAGAGAGUGUUUUUGCCUGGCUGGAAUUUGUCCUUGAACUCUGACCAUGCCUCUUGCUUCCCUGGAUGGAAGACUCAAAGAGCGGUAUAAGUGUAUAAAAGUAAUAUUUGCAUUUGGUGGUCUGCCCAUUUUCACCUCUGGCUUCACUCAUCCCUGGCCCACAGAAGUUUGCCCAGAAAGGAAAAUGGCUCUCAAACCCAAAAAGGUUUCUGCCACCUCUGCCUUACAGAGCAACAAAUCUAUUGUGGACAAAAUUUACCUAUAGCCAUGUUGCUCUGCUGUUUGAGGAGGACCUCCAACAGAAAAAAGAAAAAGGAUGACAGCUAUAUUAGCACUCAGAACUAAUGUGUCAGAAGUUUGCAGGCCAAUCCUGUACGAUUCUACUGAACAUAGAAAUAAGCCCCAUUCAGUUCAGUUGGUCUUACUCCAAGGAAAAUGUAGAUUUCGGCCUUAAGAGGCAGUGUGCUUCAGGUACGAGUUGCUAAGAAGUCGCAACGGGAACAUGCUAUAGUGCCUUGCUCAGGGGCUUCCCAGAGUUACCUGCCUGGCCACAAGAUGUUGCAAUAUAAGGGUCUUUGAGAUGAUCCAGAAUGGUUUUCUCACACCACAGAAUAGUGAGGGAAAGUAUGAGAUUUCUUGAAUUCUUGUUUUCGGUUGAUGCUACGAUUCCAAAGCAGAGGUCUAGGACCACCUGCAUUAAAAGCCCCUGUGCUGCCCCUGAACUACUAGCUCUUCCUGGGGCUGUGAGAAUGGGAGAGGAACAAUACAUUUGCUCUUCUGCUCUCAAACCUUUUCUGGUUUUUUUAAAAAUAUAUAAAUAAAAUAGAAUAACAAUGUGUGCACAUAGGUAUAAAAAUACCUGUUCAUGUGCUCAGAAUGGAAAAGGGGUGUAGGACAGCAGGGAUGAAAUGACUGAAAGGACAGAAAACAGCCCAACCCCCAAACAUUUGUCAAGCUUUGUGGCCUGUUGUGAGCAAUAAAUGCAUGAGCUGUUGCAAUUUUCCAAAUGGAAUGUGCAGCAGCCGAACACAUCAAUCACAGAGGCAUCCAUAAAAACUGGAUCUGAAUGACUCACAUGAUGUUAAAGUACUGUCUGCAAUCACCUUUGGGCUUUCUAGUGAUAAAGCGGGGUAUCAAAUCCAAACUACUCUUCUUCUUUUUCUUUUUCUUUUUCUUUUUCUUCUUCUUCUUGUAGGGCUGUCUCUCCCUGUCCCCUCCUCCCUAUCCCAGACAACACCUCCAUUGAAGGAGAGUCCUUCACCUCCUGAGGGACUCUGUUCCACUGUCAAAUGUCUAAUGGCAGUGGCAUUUCUAUACAGGAGCCACUCACUUUCCAGCUUCAUAAAGUGCCGCAUGUUGAUUAAUUUGAAAAACUCAAAUAAAUUUACAAAAAAGAAAAGAAAAAGAAUUCAGUGUUGUGUACACGUAAGAGGUGGGGUCGAAGCCCUGAACACCAAACCAUGGAUUUUACCCCCGUUUUGCUGUUUUAUAAAAACAACAACAGCAAAAACAAUUUCACAUAAGCCUCUUUGCUCAACUUAUCCCCAUUUAAUUCCCCACCAAAACAACAGGACUAUAAUAAUAAACAAAACAGAAACAGCUUUACAA